AUGGAUGAAAACGGCACACUAAGGCCUGACCAUGAACUGGAAGGACUCAAUUCGGGAAAUUUGUGGUCGAGAAUGGAUAAGGAUCCCAUCGUUAGCAAAUUUCAUAGGGCUGGUCUCAAUGAUUCUGCAGACGAGGAAGAUAAUAGUGUCAAAACUAACCACAACACUGCUUGGAUUACUUCGAUGAUUAAUGACGAAAAACGUAAAGUGGAGGGAAAGUUUAUGCUGGAUGAUGGAGAAGAUUUACAAUUAUCCAAAACUACCUUGAAUAAAUGUGAUGCUUUAGUGAAGAUAUUAACGGAUGUAAUCAAAUUAGAAUUUGUCAUUCAUCAAUCAUGGUACAUUAGGUCCCUUUAUAAAAGUGUCUUGAUUCAAUUCGAAGUAGAAACAGCCAAAGGCAACGAAAAUAGCGCAGGAAAUAGCAAUAGCGAUAAUGAUAACUGCAACAAUACCCAAGACGAUAGUUUUUACAAAGAUUUAAGUUUAAAAUGCAUCAAAAAAUGUGAGAAGUCUUCGCUUGCUCUUGAAUCAUUAUCAAGGGACAUCGACAAGAUGAGAGAUUUCAUAAUGUCCAACACGAUAGAAGACAAUAGGGUUGACAGGCUUUUGCAAAAUUCAAUGACCUUAUUGCUUGAGUGUUGGAUAUACUCAAUGAAAAGGUUGCGCCAUUUACGAAUGAAGAUUGCAGGUAUCUUUGUUAGGUCUAAGCUUUUGCUUAUCGAUCACGAAUUAGUGACAAUAUGGCAUUUUUUACAGGAGCAAAGUAACGGGCAUGAAAUAGCGAAUAAUGAGAACGAACUGAAACUAAGAGAAACAAUAAAAUCAUACAGAGCGUUCAUCAAGAUAUUUAUUCAACAACUGGAAGACUCCGAGGCAGGUUCGCCAUCUUCUUCUUUAUUUGAGGAAUGUUUGCACGUUUUUCUGGAUAUUGAAUCGAUGUACAACUCAUUAAACUUGAGUUGGUUAUUGAAUGAGAACAAGGCAUUGCAAGAAAGGUUGGUAACAUCAUCUUCAACUUCGGAAAACGAUCAUUCUAAGAGCCUUCCUGUUAUAGACGAAACAAAAGAAAUAGAAGAUAUCAGCUCAUUUGUCAACAGCAUCGUAGAUGCAUCCAUGUUAACACAUGAUCUGACACCAAUUAACUCGUCGGACAGUGAUGACUUAUCUAAUGGAGAUAUCGAUCGUUCAGAUGAGAGAAGAUUAUCUUCUUCUACUUCAGAUAUGUCAUUGAUGAUGCAAAGGACAUCACUGCAGAAACAGCUUCCCAAUCUGCUAACCGCUUUUAACAAUGCAAGGAGACUAGAACAAGAAUUACAGAAUGCAUGCAAGGUAAAUGAUAAUAGACACAAUACCAAAUUUUUUGAUUCAAACGUACGACAGAAUGAAAACGCCAUGUCUUCAAGUGUAUCAUCUAUCAUCUCCCAAAACUCCACAAUGGCAUCUCCAUCUCCUCCGUUGUCUUCAUCCUUUAUAUCUACGACACCUUCACAAUCAAGCACCCGUAUGUCCACACUGUCACUGUCUUCUUCGUCCUCAUUAUUGGAAACACAAUCACAAACACUGAAGAACAACAUGUCCCAAUGGCUAAAUCAGCCGCGGUCCAACCUCAGCGGUACAAAACUUAUGCCGACAAACCAUAUUGGGUUUCACAGUAAUGUUCUGAAUAAUUUAUAUGGUAUCGGUAGAGGUACAGCAUCGAGGUCUUAUAAACCUCACCACACCUCUACUCAAAACACUUGA